AUGGCCGGCCAUUCGCGAACGCUAUCGCCGGAAUCAUGGCAGGACGACGCCGACUUCUCGCAACGACCCCCCACCUCGUCAACCAGUGAGUAUUCGGACCACUCUUUCCAUAGCCGGUCCAAAUCGAGUGCCCAUGUCAGCAGUCCUAAAAGACUGUCCAUGUUUUCCCGCUCGAGAAGUAACACUACCACUAUCACAUCUGCCUCCGCUCGCCAAUUGCCGGCUGUGCCUCUCACUUACGGGGAGCCCUCCAUCUUAUCAGCCGUCAAUGACGAAAAACCUUCCGACAAUGUUGCUAGAUCCUUGCUGGUUCGAGGUAGUCGAAUUCUGCGUCGCCAGGGUAGUAAAUUAAAUGUCGCCGCAGCUUUGGAGGAAGAAGACGAAGUUGGCAAGAAAUUCGAAGUCUCCAAUAUCUUCCAUCGUGUGCCUAAGUUGAAGAAAAACGAUUCACAAGACCAAUUGAAGCGCAUCAUUUCGGAACCGUACAAUUUCCACCAUCUCACCCAUACAAGCUCUUCCCAAUUUCAGACGCUGGACAAUGGCAGCAAUGUCGAGCUUGUCGAUGAAUUCUCUGCUAUUCAAGCCUCACAAAUGCCAGAACCUGGACUGAAAGGCAUUCGCGCCCAGAAUCUGCUGAAUUCAGACCAUAGCUUUACUGAAAGGUCAAAUGAGAGCGUGUCCGACUUUGAGGGACGAGAACCCACAUCUCCUUUGGCAAUGAGUCCUCCUGUAUCACCCAAUCAACCCAGAUCACCGGGGAGAAUCGAGAACUUCUCGCGCCCUGUCUCUCGUUUGAACAAACCGUUGCCGCCAUCACCGUCUAUACUGCCUUCACCACGAGCAUCUUCUCGCCAAGCUCAUUCAGACAUACCAGAGCCGACAUCCCAGGCCAUUGAUGAACUUCUUGGAGUGAAUUACCGUCCAACUAUUGCUGACUAUGAAUAUCCCCAGCUAGAGAACCACUCUUUCCACAAAGUUUCUUCGCUAGAACAGAUCGAUCUAGCUGGAAUGCUUCAAUCCAAGAUUGAACACGGGAUAGCAAUUGGUCAAUUGGACGGCAACGGUGAUAUUCACGGGAUUAGCGAUGACGCAAAAGUCACGACAGCUCUGAUUAACAGCUAUCUGUCCGAUUUGGAGGAUGUCCCAGAAGAAGACGAGACGAAGGAUGCGGCCUAUCCGGUUUCGCGAAUAUCUCGCACCUUCUCAGUUCGCGCUGAAGACAAGAAGCUGGCUGUUAGCCCAAGCAAGAACUCCGGUGGCCCCAAUCGUGGGUCUGUGAUAGUUGUAGAGGACUCGCAGCUAUCAUUUCAAGAAGAUAUCAUGUCUCCUACCUUACCACAAUCCCAACCUAUAAUGCACGAUUUGCCGACCUCGCAAGCUAGCAAUACCAGAAGACGCAGUUCCGCGGGCUUGGUCAAUUUCACCAUGGCGUGGGAUGAGGACAUCGAUUACUGUUACGAACAUGAAGCCGAGGCGGACUGCAAUUUCGACUGGAAUCGGCCAUCGUUGGACACCACAAGACAGUCUAUUCCGGGCAUAGUAACAUCUUCAGCGGUCACUUCUGACUCCACCAAACUGUCUCCUCAUUACCUACAGGUUAAUGCCACAUCUAUACCGGCAACUCCAGACUUGGAUCCAGGUUCAGCACAGUCGAUCCUAACGAGAUCUCACGAGGCUCUGACUCCAUUGAGCGAUGGCACUGCGCAGGUUGCGUUUUUUGUCUCUGAUCACGAGUAUUUGAAAGACCUCCAGGCAAACGAUGCGGAGAACGACACAGCUUAUGAAAAUUUCCUCGCGGUUGGAGAAGACCCUGAUGGUCAAUUCCAAUUCUUCACGCAGACAACUCACCCCAUCGAUGUUACGACUUCUCCCCGGAGCAGCGGCUCUGCUAUCAGCAAGUGCAAUUCUCAAGAGAGCGUGAUAUUGUCUCGCGCAGCAUCGAUUGUGCGAAAACACCGUUCAUCAACCUCGACAACCAGUGUUCCAGAAUUAAUCAAUAGUUCCAACAGUAGUCGCGAAAAUACUAUCCGGGAGAGCGUCGACUCACUCGAACAUCCUGCAUUUAGCCCUCUGCCCGACACUGCCCGACCUGGUUUCUCAGUACAUCGCCCAGUCAAGAGCUUGGGCUCGGACUUGAGUACGCUCUCUAAACUGCGAACCACCGGCAGUAACGGCAGCAUUCACGUCGUGGAUCUACCGUAUCACUUGGCGUCUGCGACUCAUGAUCGGACGAAAUCGACGUCUGCCAUUGACCAUGACGAAACCCAUAAGCUUCAACAAUCAACCCAAGGGCUUCCAUUUGCUGCUCGACAAUCGUUGGCGGCUCAAAGGCGGAAAAGCCGAGCUGGAUACUCUCUUUUCCCCACUGUGCAAUAA